AUCUCUAGUUAUUAUGCCGAUUGUAUGUGAGGUUAGAUGCAGUUAGGUGGGUUUGGUUAAACGAACCAUGUGUCAUUCUAUGUGAAUGAGUUUAAUGUUUGCUUGAUACCGGCGUUUUCGCAAAAUGACACAAGUUGCGCAGGAGGAUAACGAAUUAAAGAGGUUGCUCAAUAAUCCAGCCAAGAACGCUAGCGAAGAUGGAUCUAUGGCACCACCGUUAUCGACUAACGUGCCGAGACCAAGCACGUCGCAAAGUGCCAACCCGCAAUCGAUGAUGAUUCCGAUAACGCCAGUUAAUAGCACGAAAGAAGUUCCAGAGCCUUGUUUACAAAAUGUAGUUUCUACAAUUAAUUUGCAAACAGAACUGAAACUUAUGUACAUUAAUGUAAGAACUAGAAAUUCUGAAUACAACCCAGCUAGGUUUACCGGAUUAAUAAUGAGGAUACAGAAUCCUAGAGCGACAGCGCUGAUUUUCCGCUCUGGUAAAUUAGUAUGUACUGGCGCGAGAAGCGAACAAGAUUCAUUUUUGGCGGCAAAGAAAUUUGCCAGAAUAAUUCAGAAACUUGGAUUCCCUGUUAAGUUUUCCAGUUUUAAAAUACAGAAUAUAGUUGCGACAUGUGAUUUGAAAUUCCCAAUUAAGUUGGAGCUUCUAUAUCAAUUUCACGGUCAAUUUUCUAGUUAUGAGCCAGAGUUAUAUCCUGGGCUGACAUACAGAAUGUAUUCACCUAGAGUUGUAUUAUUAAUAUUUGUAAAUGGUAAAGUUGUGUUAACAGGAGCAAAAAAUAGGACUGAAUUACAAGAUGCAUUAAAUAUUAUAUAUCCGACAUUAAAGAUGUAUAGAAAGCAAUAAUAUUACUUAUUUACAAAAUAAAUAUCAAAUAA